AAGUCCUUCUUGACUUCACACCUGCCGAUAUCAUAUUCAAACACACAGCCGCCGUGCUGAGGAGAGGCCGUUAACUUUUGAAUCCAGUUUGAGAAAAGACAGCACCAUGGCAGCUACUCUCUGUCAGGUUACGGGCUUCCUUCUGAGUUUGUUAGGGUUGGCGGGAUUAAUUGCCGCGACGGGGAUGGACCAGUGGGCAACGGAAGACCUCUUUGACAACCCUGUGACGGCCGUGUUCUCGUAUUCGGGCCUGUGGAACUCAUGUGUCCGGCAGAGCUCCGGCUUCACAGAGUGCCGACCAUAUUUCACCAUUCUGGGACUGCCAGCUCUGCUCCAAGCCGUCCGGGCCUUGAUGAUUGUUGGUAUUGUUCUCGGAGCCAUCGGCUGUCUGAUUGCCAUAUUUGCUCUGAAGUGCUUGAAAAUGGGGAACAUGGAGGACAACAUCAAAGCCACAAUGACUCUGUCAGCCGGGAUCAUGCUUCUUCUUGCAGGUGUCUGUGGCAUUGCUGGGGUGUCGGCCUUUGCUAACUUGAUCGUGCAAAGUUUUCGGUUCACAACAUAUGCUGAUGGUGGGUUCAGUAUGUAUGGAGGAGGGGGUAUUGGUGGACUCACAGGAUCUCUGACUCCAAGGUACACUUUUGGCCCCGCUCUUUUCGUGGGCUGGAUCGGCGCAGCUAUCUUGGUCAUUGGAGGCAUCAUGAUGUGUCUGGCCUGCCGUGGAAUGACUGCAGACAGAAAACAACGGUACGAUGGGAUGGCCUACAAAGCCGCCUCUCAACACACUACCUACAAGGCUGACACCAGACCCCGUCCCGCCUACAAUGACUCCUACAAAGCCCAGAGUAUGGAGGGGAGGCAGUCGAACCAGAGAUUUGACUACGUGUAGAAUCAUUUCACUCUUAUACAUACCUCUCUUUUAUAUUCUGCUGCUGUGAUGAUCCAGUUUUCACUUGUUUUUUGCCUGCAUUUAUGGGAAGAGUGGUUAUUGUUUUAUUUCUCUCUACUUUAAUUUGGCAGAAGUCCUUAACAUUUAAAGUAUUUUUUUAUUAUUUUUUAAUAACAUCAUAUAAUCCUAAUUUUCAUAUGCUGUUUCGUCAUUUGUAUUGUGUCUUUUUUUUGUUUUUGUGUCAAAUAAAAAAAGUGUGAUUCUCA